AUGUCUCUGCCACAGAGACCUGGCAAGGCCUCUCCUCGCCGCGAGGAAGCCCGUGCAUUCCGCGAGCCUUCCCGUCGACGGCGCCGCGACAUCGACACGGGUGCCUACACCGACAGCAGCCCCAACACCUCGCCUUCCGCCCACCGACACCGGCGCCGCCACUCGCACAGCCAGCGACGGCCCCUAGACAUCGAUGAAGAGCGCAUGGAGCGGGGCGGGGACCUUCGCCGCAAGAAGAGUCUCGUGAAACCGGAGCGUCGUCGCCUCGACCAUGACCACCCCAACUACCAUUACCGGCAGCGAUCGCAUCAAAUGUCGACCUACCCCUCUACUACAGGAAACGACCCACUCCUGGAUCGGGACGGGGAGGCGGAGACGAACAGCUCGCGGAGCAUGGAUAUGAAAGCAAAGGAAGGGUUGUACGGUGCGCGAGGAAAUGUCAACAAACCCAUGGAUCGGGUCCCGAGCCGACAUCGGUCCAAGAAAAAGAAGAGGCAGCCUCGUCGGGUGACCAAGGGAGCUGUGGCCGAGGAAAGAAGACGCCAAAAGGCCAUCGAACAAGGUCGUCCGCCAGAUCUCUGGACCGCCUAUUGUGCGCUCCUUACCUGUUUAAUUCCGGACUUCGCUCUCCGCUGCUUUGGCAUGCCCCAAAAAGAACAGCGGACCGCUUGGCGAGAGAAGAUCGGCCUGAUCAGCGUGAUUCUCAUGAUCGCCGCCUUCGUCGGUUUCUUGACCUUUGGUUUUACGGCUACGGUUUGCGGGACGCCGCCUGUGCGUCUCAAUGUGAACAAGGUCGGGAGUGGCUACAUGAUAUUCCAUGGAAAGGCCUACGACUUGACCAGUUCCGACCACGGCCCCGCGGCUGGCAUCCCCGCCGGAACGAAUGUUCUGUAUGAUUUGCCGCACAAGUACGGUGGCCAAGAUGGCAGCUUUUUCUUCCAGCAAGUGAACGGGGCCUGCAAAGGGCUGAUUACUGCGAAACCCGACGGCGAUGUCCCGACGAAUAGCAAGGGUGAGUUGGGGUGGUAUUUCCCUUGCACGGCUUUCAAUCAAGACGGGUCGUCGGAGCCUAACCUGACUGUGUCGCACUACCUGGGCUGGGCCUGCCAUACCGGCUCCCACGCCCGUGAAGCCUUCUACAACCUCCGAGGCUCCGGGGACGUGUAUUACACGUGGGAAGACACCAAGAACAAGAGCCGGAAUCUCGCCGUGUACUCGGGAAAUGUGCUUGAUCUCGACCUUCUCCGUUGGUUCAAUACGAGUCAGGUAUCAUAUCCUGCGAAAUUCGACCAUCUGCGCCAGAAUCCCGCCGUGCGUGGUGUUGAUCUCACUUACUACCUACAAAGCGGCGAGGGCAAGAAGAUAGGCAAAUGUCUGACCCAGAUUGUCAAAGUCGGCAGCAUCGACACCGACACCGUUGGAUGCAUUGCGUCCAAAGUCGUGCUUUACGUGUCUUUGAUUUUCAUUCUGUCUAUUGUCGUGGUCAAGUUCGCUUUUGCGCUGCUCUUCCAAUGGUUCCUGGCGCCUAAAUUCGCUGCCCAGAAAACGAGUAUGGCGUCCGAUGCCCGAACUCGUAACCAGCAGAUUGAAGAUUGGUCCAAUGAUAUUUACAGACCCGCUCCUCGCAUCACCGACGUUCCCGUGCCAGAGCGGACGAGUAAGCGCGCCAGCUUCUUGCCAACCACGUCUCGCUUCUCUAGUCCAUACGUUGUGGGCAGCGGGGGUAGCAAGCAACGCCCACAAUACAUCACGAUGGCCAGCCAGAACUCGACUUCCCGUCUGAUGCCCAGCUCAACCAAUAGUGGAACCAUGUACAAAGCCAGCCACAACAGCAGCGGAGGCACGCUGAGCGCCGAAAACUCUCGCCACAACCCUGCAGCGAGUCGAACUAGCUUGGCUGGCCCAGUUCAGGAGUCUGGCUAUCCAACCAUGUUGUCCGAAUCCGAGGGUCCUGGGCCGGCUGGGUUCAUUCACGAAGCUGUCGUGCCGCAGCCGCCUCCCGAGUGGCAGCCGUUCGGGUAUCCCUUGGCCCAUUCACUGUGCUUGGUAACUUGCUACUCGGAGGGUGAAGAAGGAAUCCGGACGACGCUGGACUCGAUUGCCAUGACCGACUACCCCAACAGCCACAAGACGAUUGUAGUAAUCUGCGACGGCAUCAUCAAAGGCAAGGGCGAGGAGUUUUCCACCCCCGAGAUUGUAUUGCGUAUGAUGAGCGACCAUGUCGUCGCACCGGAGGACGUCCAGCCAUUCUCUUACGUGGCUGUGGCCACCGGCUCCAAGCGCCACAACAUGGCCAAGGUGUACACAGGCUUCUAUGAUUAUGGCGACACUUCGAUCAUCCCGACAGAGAAGCAGCAGCGUGUUCCCAUGAUGCUAGUUGUCAAGUGCGGCACGCCCGAGGAAUCCACACAGGCCAAACCGGGUAACCGGGGCAAGCGAGACAGCCAGAUCAUUCUCAUGUCGUUCUUGCAAAAGGUUAUGUUCGAUGAGCGCAUGACCGAGCUGGAGUUUGAGAUGUUCAAUGGCAUGUGGAAUGUUACCGGCAUUCCGCCGGAUUUCUACGAGGUCGUCUUGAUGGUCGACGCCGAUACUAAAGUGUUCCCGGACAGUUUGACACAUAUGAUCUCGGCCAUGGUCAAAGACCCGGAGAUCAUGGGGUUGUGUGGAGAGACCAAGAUCGCCAACAAGACCGAGAGCUGGGUGACUAUGAUCCAAGUUUUUGAAUACUUUAUUUCCCAUCACCAAGCCAAAUCAUUCGAGUCCAUCUUCGGCGGUGUGACCUGUCUCCCAGGCUGUUUCUCCAUGUACCGCAUCAAAGCACCCAAAGGCGGCCAGAACUACUGGGUGCCGAUCUUGGCUAAUCCAGACAUCGUUGAGCACUACUCUGAGAAUGUCGUUGACACCCUGCACAAGAAGAACCUGCUGCUUCUUGGUGAGGAUCGCUACCUCACCACGUUGAUGCUCAAGACCUUCCCGAAGCGCAAGCAGAUUUUCGUCCCGCAGGCCGUGUGCAAGACAGUUGUCCCGGAGAAGUUCAUGGUUCUCCUCUCACAGCGCCGUCGCUGGAUCAAUAGUACCGUGCACAACCUGUUCGAGCUCGUUCUCGUCCGGGAUCUUUGCGGCACUUUCUGCUUCAGUAUGCAAUUCGUGAUCUUCAUCGAGCUUGUCGGCACCCUUGUUCUUCCGGCCGCUAUCGCCUUCACUUUCUACGUCGUCAUCUCUUCCAUUGUCAAGAAACCUGUGCAGGUCAUCCCGCUGGUCCUGUUGGCCCUGAUCCUGGGUCUACCGGGCGUUUUGAUCGUCGUGACGGCCCAUCGCCUGGUCUACGUUCUGUGGAUGCUGAUAUAUCUGAUUUCCCUGCCGAUUUGGAACUUCGUGUUGCCCACGUAUGCAUUCUGGAAAUUCGAUGACUUCAGUUGGGGCGAGACGCGGAAGACCGCCGGCGAGAAGGACAAGGGCCACGGUGCGACCGAGGGCGAGUUCGACAGUACCAAGAUCACGAUGAAGCGCUGGCGCGAUUUUGAAAAGGAGCGCCGUCUACGCAAUAGUGCCUGGGCACAGCCGCAUGCCCCCGGGAACGGAUACUCGUCGCACUACGAGACAUAUUCGGACUACUAA